AUGAUGAAUCAGGCAGUGCAGAAGAACACGCUGUACGUGGGAGGAUUAGCCGAGGAAGUAACCGAGAAUAUACUGCACGCGGCUUUCAUCCCAUUUGGUGACAUCAAAGAUGUGAAGACCCCAUUGGAUCAGGCCACUCAAAAGCACCGUUCUUUUGGAUUCGUUACUUUCCUCGAGAGGGAAGAUGCCGCCGCCGCCAUGGAUAAUAUGGACGGAGCUGAGCUCUUUGGUCGUGUUUUGACUGUUAAUUAUGCCCUCCCUGAGAAGAUUAAGGGUGGUGAACAGGGUUGGGCCGCCCAGCCAAUUUGGGCUGAUGCGGACACAUGGUUCGAAAGACAGCAACAGGAAGAGGAAAUGCAGAAGCUUCAAGCAGAGCAAAAAGCAGCAAUGGAAGCAGCCGAAGAGUUGCAUAGGAAAAAGAUGGCUGAGGAACGAGAGGGUGAAAAGGAUGAUGAAACAGCUAAUGGGAGUGACCCUAUGCGAAUGGCUGAAGCAGAAGCCGUGAAAAGCAGUUAG